AUGGGAGUGCAAGAAGAGAGGAACACAAGAGAAUUGGAUGAAAUGCGAAAUAGUUAUGCUACGAGGAAAUAUGUAUUGGCUUGUUCCAUUUUUGCCUCUCUCAAUUCCGUGCUUCUUGGCUACGAUGUGGGUGUAAUGAGUGGAGCAAUUAUAUUCAUCCAGGCAGAUCUAAAGAUAUCAGAGAUACAAGAAGAAAUCCUGGUGGGAAGUUUUAGCAUAAUUUCACUUUUGGGUAGCUUAGCUGGUGGCAAAACAUCUGACACCAUUGGUAGAAAAUGGACUAUAGCCCUUGCUUCCAUUAUUUUCCAAUCUGGUGCAGCUAUAAUGUCUUUGGCACCUUCUUACCAAAUUCUCAUGAUCGGUAGACUCUUGGCCGGGGUUGGGAUCGGUUUUGGAAUCAUGAUUGCCCCCGUAUACAUCGCCGAGAUAUCCCCUCCCGUUUCUAGAGGUUCUCUUACUUCCUUCCCUGAGAUCUUUGUCAACCUUGGCAUUCUCCUUGGAUACAUCUCCAACUAUGCAUUCUCAGGGUUUUCUGUACAAACAAACUGGCGCAUUAUGCUUGCCGUGGGGAUCCUUCCUUCUGUUUUCAUCGGAUUUACCUUGUGCAUAAUACCCGAAUCCCCUCGCUGGCUCGUGAUGCAAAACCGAGUCGAAGAAGCAAGAUCUGUGCUUUCAAAGACAUACGACAAUGCAGGGGAAGUAGAGGAAAGAUUAGCAGAGAUACAAGUAGCAGCUAGUAUUGCGAAUAAGUACGAAUCAAAAGCAGUAUGGCUCGAGAUAUUAAAUCCGAGUCCCUCCGUUCGACGGAUGUUGAUUACCGGUUGCGGAAUCCAAUGCUUCCAACAGAUGUCUGGUAUCGAUGCAACCGUGUAUUAUAGUCCAACAAUUUUCAGAGAUGCUGGGAUAAAGAUAAACACUGAACUCCUCGUGGCAACAGUGGUUGCCGGCUUCACUAAGACCAUGUUCAUUUUGAUUGCAAUUUUCCUCAUUGACAAAUUAGGUAGAAAGCCUUUGCUCUACAUAAGCACAAUAGGGAUGACAUUUAGCCUAUUCUGUUUGAGCUUCACUUUGACAUUUUUCAAGGAUGAACGGCUCCGGACUGGAAUGGCUAUCAUAUUCGUUUGUAUGAACAUGGCUUUCUUCUCAGUCGGACUCGGACCGAUAUGUUGGGUUGUUUCGUCCGAGAUAUUCCCUCUACGGCUUCGAGCUCAAGCAUCAGGUCUCGGAGCAGUGGGUAGCAGGGUUAGUAGUGGGCUUAUUUGCAUGUCGUUCCUCUCGGUUUCUCGAGCCAUUACUGUAGGAGGAACGUUCUUCAUUUUUUCUGUGAUUUCGGCUCUAGCAGUGGCGUUUGUGCACUUGUGUGUGCCGGAAACUAAAGGGAAAUCAUUGGAAGAAAUCGAGAUGUUGUUUCAGGAUGGAAGUGAAUUGCAAGGUAGUGAGAUUGAGAUGGGAAAUGCACAGCUUUUGAUGCAAAGGCUAUGA